AACGUCUUUAUUUGCAUGACAGGCUGCGGGGAGUCGUCUUAACUGAUUUGUGGCUUUGCUGCAACUGCCUGUCAUUUCUAUUGGCUGCUAGACCACAAGGGCAGCUCUUUAUCUGCAUUCAGCCUUAUAAAGCUGCCAUAGGGCUCCACAACUUGCUAUUGGGAAUUAUUCCUGCUCUUCAACAGAUUCCUUGUAUUGUGCAGGAUUAUGAAGACCAUGUGUCCUGCCACCAUCUUCCUUGUGUCUCUGUUUUCCCUACUGAUCCCAACUCACUCGGCCCCUGAUCCCACCCUGGACACUCACUGGCAGCUGUGGGUUAAAACUCACCAGAAAAUCUAUAAGGAUGCGGAGGAGGAACGUGCCAGACGGACCAUCUGGGAGGAGACACUGAAAUUUAUCACAGUCCAUAACUUGGAACAUUCCUUGGGACUCCACACUUAUGAGGUUGGGAUGAACCAUCUGGGAGAUAUGACUGUGGAGGAAUUCACUGCCACUAUGAAAGGAUUUCAAGCUUCUGAUGAUCCAGUGCCCAAUGUAAUGUAUGUACCACAGGAAGGGGUUAAACCCCCAGAGGCAAUAGACUGGAGAGAGAGAGGCUAUGUGACUAAAGUGAUGGACCAGGGGGAUUGUAAAUCCUGCUAUGCUUUCAGCGCUCUAGGGGCUCUGGAGGGCCAGUGGAAGAAGAAGUCGGGCAAUCUGGUGCCUCUGAGUGCACAGAACCUAGUUGAUUGCUCGAAAAAGGAAGGAAACAAUGGCUGCGAUAUGGGAUCCAUGGAAUUUUCCUAUAAUUACAUCAUGAAAGACGGUGUUAUGACGGAAAACGAUUAUCCAUACCAUGCAAAGGAGGGGAGGUGCAGAUUUGACGCAAAUAAUGUAGUCGCAAGGUGUAGCGGUUAUGUAAAGUUAAAAAUCGGGAGUGAAGAUGACCUGAAACAUGCAGUGGGAAUCAUUGGACCUGUGGCCGUAGCUAUAGACGCCAAACAUGAGUUUAAAGACUACCAAUGUGGUGUUUAUACCAACCCUAAUUGCAACAGUUCUCAAGGUGGCCAGGAUCAUGCCGUGCUUGUGGUUGGAUAUGGUAGAGAGGAUGGCAAAGACUACUGGCUGGUUAAGAACAGCCAUGGGACAACCUUUGGUGAGAAAGGAUACAUUAAAAUAAGACGAAAUUAUGACAACCACUGCGGCAUUGCAAAUCACGGUAUCUACCCCACUUUUGGAUAGGAGAAGUUACUCCUUAAUAAAAAUAUAGCUAGAUGCAUUGUGUUUUAUAUUGUUAAAGGAGAACUAAGCCCUAAAGAUGAAUGUUGCUAAAUAUGCCAUAUUUUAUAUACUGAACUUACGGCACCAGCCUAAAGGUUCUGCUUCUGGGGGCAUUUUCAGAGAAUCAGAUCUUCAUUGCUAAAGGGCUGGUACAGAAACCCAAAACAUAGGAUGCAGCAUUUCUAGCCUCAUUCUUUAUUUUAGUUCUGCACAAUGUGGCUGGUGCACUUAGAUACUUUUGUAGCAAUUUAAGAUAAGCAAAGAAACGAUUAAGAUAAGCAGGUCUCUUG